AUGGAGAACAACAACAACAACAUCCUGCACUCCUCCAUGAUCCCCGACGGCGUUAAGUCCGAGCACACGCGAUGGGACCUCAACAUCAAAACCGAGCCCCAGGACUAUACCUUUUACUGCGGCCCGGCCAUCAAAUCCGAGCCGGGCAGCCACCAGCAGUGCGUGCCGUCGUUGCUGGAGAAGGACAUGGACGAGAUGCCCCAGCUGCCCGUGCUGUCCUCCGACAUCCUGGACGAGUACCUCCUGAAGGGUGAAGGUGGCUCCCUGAGAGACAAUUCAAACUUCAACAACGAAGAUCUGUUAUCGGACUUGAUGAAUAUAGUGGUGAAUGGCAGUGACUACCUCCCCGAUUUGGCUACAUGCGUGCACGAAGGACCAGCCACGGUUUAG